GAGAGCGCAGUCUGCGGAGAGACGCGGUCGCGUUAGUUUCUUCGCUCUCUAAAUGUAAGUUACGCUGCGGUAGGAAAAACGAUUUUACGCAAUACUAACAAUUUAUUAAAAACCUGAGAAAAAUGAAUUGUGUUGUGGAAGAACGAAUAAGCAGCAUACAGAGCGAGAACGCUCUGGUGCAAGAUACCAAACAGGAAAUGGUUAUUAUUGAUGGAAGGCCCAAAUUAAACAAUGACGAAUUUAAAUCAUCAAUUACUGAUUUAUUUCCUUGGAUCUUAGAAUUUAGAAAAAUGUGCAGGUGUAUACAUACAGAGAAAAGUAUUUCAUCUUUAACAGAACUUAUGCUGUUUUAUGUGAGAAAUGUAAGUGUCAGUGUAAAUGAGUGUUAUACAAGGCCUUUAAGAGCUGCAAAGUUGAAGGAUUCUAUUAGUGAGACAUUAUUGUUAUUCUUGUACAUAUAUCGUGAGCUUUCUGAGAAUUGCAGUAAAUCCAUUUAUUUAAAUAAUAUGUCUGACUUAUUGGCUAUGUAUAUAGACAUGGAAUUAAAGGCAUCUAGAAAAAGUAAAGAGGAUCAUGAUAAAAUCUGUGCAAGACUGACUUCUUGCCUUUAUGUUUAUCUAGAACAUUCCACUGAACAUUUAUUAGAUACUUUAAUGAAAAUACAACUCAUGUGUCGAAAUUAUCAUCACAUUUUAGAUCCAUUAAUAACGAAAAUCAUGAAAAAUAUUCCCCUGCAUCCGGAAUCAAAUAUUAUGUACAUUCGUUACUUUCUUAUUUAUCGUUUAUGGAGAAAAAUAAAUGGAGAUGUGGCUGUACGGAAUCAAAUAAUUUCUGUAGCAAUAACAUCUCUGGGGCCAGUGCCACCUACAUUCUCGCCAUGUAUAUUAGAAGAUGUAUUGCCAAAAGUGCCAAAGAGUCAACCAAAUUCUACAAAAACUCUACUGCAGUAUAAAUUUGAUGUUAAAAAGCACUGUGAACUCUUUGUAAAAUACUGCAAAGAAAGCAAUGGAGGUAUACACAAGAAAGAUGAAUCUGCAACUCCCAUUAAUUCGUCCAGUAGAAUUAAUUCACAAAUGCCGGAAGAUAUUGCUUAUAAAGAUAUAGAAUGUGUAGAUAAUAACGUAAAUUCAAUUAUAUCAGAUAAAAGUAAGCAAAAUGAAUCUAUUUCUUUGCUAAAACCUUUAAAAUCUUUAAAUUUCGAAGAACAGACUAGUUUUAAAUGUUUAGGAUCUUCUUCAAAUAAUAUUUCUAUAAAGCAUGCUACCCCUAAAACAAUUAAAUCAAAUGAAAAUCGUUUGCAAAAGAAAUGUAAAAAGUCAAAUGAAAUUGUAAUUAUUGAUUUAACUAGUGAUACAGUGUUUGAAAAGUGCAUCAAGAGAAGAAGAUCUAGAAAACUGUCAUGGUUAAAAGAAGCUAAAAAACGGAUCGACUUGCAAAUAAUAAAAUCACAAAAAAUCAAGAACAAAGCAAAGAAGCAAGAUAUUAAUUAUACACCUCUGUCAAAUAAUUCAAGAAGUGUUAGUCAUCAGUUGGAAGAUACAUUUCAAUUGGUACAUGCCACAGGAAAUAUUAGCUCAAAAAAUAAUUUGAACCCAUGCAGGACGGUUAACAUUCAAAAUAAUGAGAACGCAGUGGAAAUCGACAUCGAGUUAAUUAAUUGUACAGAAAAUGUAAAGAAACUAACUCGUACGGAAAUUGACACUAAUGAAAUAAAUGUUAAAGAGUCUUGUGCGACAUCUUCUUUCACAAUGACCGCUAAACCACUCUUACCCGAGAUUCUUCUUUCGACAAAACAAGAAUCAAAUACUUCGGAUUCUACUGUCAACGGUAAUCGUUUUAGUAAUGGCAUUGCUUCGAAAAUAAAAAAUGAUGAAAAAGAAAGCGAUAGAUGUAAUAAACAAACUGUGAUUAAGCGACUGAUAGAAACAGACAUUUUCUCAAAGCCUGAAACAUGCAAGAGAGCUGAAAGUUUAAAAAAAGUCUGUGAUUUAGAAACAGAAUGCCCAAUUGUAAAUAGUACCAUUAUAUCUACUCAAUAUGUUUCCAAAGAUAAUGUUGUUAAUUCUAAUCAUUCUAACAUUAAUGUAAUUAAUGAUAAAAUAAUUGAAAGGGUAACAUCGUCAAUAAUGACUUCGGAACACGUGUCAAGCGAUGAAACGUUAAAUGAUACUCGUUUAAAUAAGGAAGAGUAUGCAUUUAACUAUUCUCACAAGAUUGUUGAUUCUGGAGUAAAAUGUGAAGAAUUAGUUGCAACUCAGAAUGAUAGUAAGAAUGAAACGAGUUUUGCAGGGAGUGUUAAGAUCUCUCCUGUAGAAAAUGUUUUAAAAUGUGAAGAAAAUCAACGUACAUCGCGUGUACUCGUAGAAAGUUCUGUAAUACAGGACAAGUUUGAAUUACUACAAACAGAGUCAAAAUUAUCAAAAUGUACAAACGCUGUGGAUAAAGUAGGAAUGGAUGAAUUCCUCAAGCAAAUAGAAUUAAAAAUUUGUAAUUACGACGAAGGAAACGAGGAUACGAGGAAUGAUAAAUCAAGCAUCACUAAUAUCAGAGAAUCUAUUUUCGGAUCUUAUUCUAUGGAUAAGAAAGAUAUUUGUAAUACAGUUAAUGUAACCUGCCAAAAUGAAAAUAAUGAGAAUAAUGGAAAUUCUUGUAUCGAUACACACGUUAGAAAAUCUGUAGAAAAUGUAAUAAGCGACAAGUGCGAUAAUCAUUUCGACAAAUGUAUUGCUAAAACGGAUACUGCUCGCGAGUCUCAUUUAUCAUCGGAAGAUAAAUUGUUCAAAACUUCGGAGAUUAAAGAAGCGUGCAACAUUUCUGAAAAUAAAUAUAUCGAUCAAGAUUCUGAUAUACAAGAUAAUAUUGAUGGUCUCUCGCUAUUAGCUAGCGUUUCACAACACGUACCGCACUUAAAACCAGAAACUGAAGUAAAAUCUGAACAAAUAAGGGUGAAAGAUUAUGCAUCAUUAAGGUACGCAUGUUACAAUCAAACUACUGACGACGAAACUGAUACGAACGAUUCGUCAAACAACGUUUCUCCACUACUUGACAAUCCAUCUACAGAAAUCAUCAAUAGAAUCGUUGGUAUUUAUCCUGAAGAUACCUUGGAUAAGGUGGCACUUCAUGUAGAAGUAACAUCUGACGACGCAGUGACUGAAAACACUGACAAAGAAUUAUCCAAAAUUGUGUCUCAUUCAGAAACAAAUGUAAAUUACGACGCGGAUACGCUAAUGCAUAAUUUGAUUCCCAUAGAAACUAACGUACAAACCGUAAAAGAGAACACGAACGUUAUACUAAACGGAGAAACUGUCGUUUUACUGCAAAAAUCUCCCAAUAGUAAUUUGUAUAUUAUAAAUAAGGCGGUCGAAAAUUCGAAAGAUCACAAUGACGAAGAAAUGAGCAGAUCGAAGGAGAAAAAUUGGGCGUCCUCGCCUGAAGAAUGUAGACAGUUCGAAGCCAUCGCUUCUCUGGAUCAUGCAUCGUAUAAUUUAGAAUUGACAGCAUAUAGCAAGGAAUUACCAUACCUGGAGAGUAAGUGUUCAAUAGGACGAAACAAAGGAAUCAAGGUAAAACUGGAAGAAAACAAUUUCUCAGAAGUGAAGUCGUAUGCGAAGAAGGUGUCGCUCUCCAACGAUAUGCUUUCUGUCAAUUCACAAAUCUAUCAAGAUGUAAAUGUUAUGAGCAAACCAAUAGAGAAACGGAAGUCGUCUAAAUCGAAUCUCGCAUUCAGACAAAAUAUUAAACAAGAGUUUAAUAACAUACCGAAUCACAUCUCGUCGAAUUGCGCGAUUCCAGGGUGCAAUAGAAUUCACUCGCAUUCACAUGAAGUUGAUGCUCAACGCCCUUUACAUAUUCCUGUAACUCAUUCAACAACAUUGCCACCGAUCUAUGGAAAUUGUACUGGCAAUACAGAUUUGUGUGUACAAUAUCAUAAACAUUGCACACCGGUGUCGUGCAGUUUGCAAAUUAACGCCACUACUUCUUUACAUUCGCGCGCGAAGUCAGGUAGCCCAUGCGGAAGAUCGCAUUGCUCGUGUUUAAAUUGUACGUACGAUAUUGUCGCGCAUUGUAGGCAGUGUAUACAUCCAACCACCGAUACCCGUGUGUCUUGUAUGGAAAGUAGCCCGUAUUUUUUGCCGACACAUUCGUCAGUACAAAGCCCCGCCGUCCAAGAGCUAGACAGAGCGAAAAGCGAAGCGGUCAUGAGUAAAUUGUACGAUGAUCAAUUAUUAUGUAAAAUAGAAAAGAAUCUGUUGCAGAGCAAUAAUUCAUUGGAGAAGCUCGUCGAGGCGCAAUGCGACACGGAAAAGUUGUUCAAAAAGGACACGGAUAAUAAAUUGCCAUUAAAAAAAAGGCUGAAAGCGCAUGCUAUGGCAUAUGGUGGAGUACCAAUUAAAGCUGAAAGAGUCGACAAUUAUCCAGCUAUACCUAUGAUGUCGAUAGCUGCAUUGGAAGCAUUGGAUAAUACGCAAAAGAGAUCCACACAAAUGGUUAAAUCUGAAUACGAAUUGUCUUCUAGAAAAGAAGAAGGCCCGCGCGACGCCUACCAUUGCAAUUCAAAUUUACUACGAAGAGAUUAUUUAAAAGAUAUACACGUGUCUGGUUCGCAUCAAAAUCUUACAAAAGAAAGUACAAGAAAGCUUGAACGUCAAUUCCGAUCGGUAAACGAUCAAUCUAGUAAUACAGUGUGCCAAGAAUCUUGCCUUCAAAAAUCAUUUGAAACGCCUGCGCCGCAUAAAGAAAUCAACAUGUCGAACGCAACGCCGUUGAAAAGAUUUGGAACAGAAUCGAUAGGGCAAGAAGAAACGUUCAAAAAGGUUAAAAAAACACAGUUGCCUCUGCGGCAAACAAGAAGCUCAAAAAGAAACGUUCCUAAAGUAAAUUAUUCUUACACCGAUGUUGAUCCAGAAUGGUAUCCAUCCGGUGAGUCAAAACGCAAACGUAAAAGGACUAGUCGAUGAUCGAUACCACUUCGUCAUGAAAAUUCACUACUAUAAGGAGUGUUUUAAAUUUAAACAAGAAUAUGUACAUUAUUUUAUAAAACUGUGGCAUUGUAAAAUUGUAAAUAUUGUAUAAAUACGGGGAAAUCGUUUUGGGAAGAUUUACAAACCUGUAACUCGUGUAUAGUACAACGCUCGAAGAUUAACAUCAGUGAAGAUUCUUCGAAGAAGAUACUACCUGGAAGAUGGUUAGGCUAUAGGUUAUACGAGUAUUUUAUUAAGCAUAGGUAGUGCCACUCAAAAACGAUAGAUAAUUUUUUAGUGUCUGUAAUGUGUUCUGUGUAAAACUAUGCAGUAUUAUAUAAAAAAAAAGUUUAUCAAAUUUCGCUAUAGUUGCAACUAUUUUUGUUUAAAUUAAAUCAAUGAGCAUUUAGAAAAGAAUUUUACUUUUUGUAAAGUAACUGAAAUUUUGUAUGUAUCCCGACAUGAAAAUUACUUUUGUGAUGUAUAUGGUCACAUAUAUAGAAUGUAAUAAUGCAAAAUUCACACAUUGAAGUUUUGAUGUUAUUACUCUUGUAUCAAAGUUUGAUGAAAAAGAUUUAUAUAAAUUCAGAGAAAUAAGAAAUCCAGGCUGAAGACAAAAUUAAAUUUUAAUAAAAAAAAUGAUUUUUCGUGUGGAUUAAUUAUUUCCUCAAACUCAAGAACUUUAAGGAAAUACUUAGCUUGAAAGUAUGGUGUCAAUCAAUUUGUCAAAUCACAUAGAAGUAAUUGAACCUCCAUGUAAUAGUAGAACAGGAAAAUCAACCUUUUGCAAUGUCAUGAUCUGUCUCUUUAAUACUACUGGCAGCAUGAUUCAUUAGAAAUAUACAUGUAGAUAUCAAAAUGCAGGUAGCAUAGCUAGUCAUUGGCUUUUAAUUACGAAUUAAAACACUUUUACUUUAAAAGAAAAAAACUACGAUAAAACAAUAUGUAUUCACGAACUUCAGAUUAAAGUUAAUAACAUCACAUAGAAUUAAAGUAAACAUUUUAGACUAUAUAUUCAUCAAAACGAUAGAGCUUUGUCACAGGAAAAGUCAUUUACUACGACACUCGAAUUUAUAACGCCUUUACAUAAUUUAUGCUUAAAAAAUUCAAUAUAUAUAUUUUUUGAAUUAUUCUCUUAUUUUUUUCCAAAUGUGAAUGGAGUAUGGCUCAAAGAAAUAGAAAAUAGUUCAAAAUUCUUAUGAAUUGUAAUACGAUCACUUAAUGUUCAGUUUUUCUAGACAUUUUCUUAAACAUUUCCUUUAACAAUUUUAAUAUUAAAUUCAAUGAUACAGAUAGUAAAAUGUUGCUCUUAUUUAAACACCACAGUUGUAUUUAGUCAUUUCAAAAUAUAAGAUCAUUUACAUACGUUAGUGCCAUUUCUCCGUAUUUGAUAUUAUGUCUGUGAUUAUUAACCGAUUAGUGUUACUCAGCUUAUACAAACAAAUACUUUUUUGUACGACAAAAUGUGUUAUUAGUUGAAUACUUCAUCACAGGCACGAUGAAGAGUUUAGUUUCUACAUGUCACUAAGAAAUAUAAGUUAAUUUGUUCCUCAUAAAAACGAUCGUAAUCAAAUUAUAUUACUUCACGAUGGAACCUUUUUCGUAUACAUAACACUUGUAAAAUUUCGUCUCAAUUCCAAAAAUUUCAAAUAGCCCUAAGUUUCACGUUAAAUUAACAAAAAAACCCAACGGUAUUAUUAACCCGCAUUUGUUAGGUACUGUCCUUUCUUUAUUGUUACCAUUUAUUUAUUGAUUUCUAAAAUGAUAAGUCUGAUAGUUUUAAGUUCAAUAUAAAUGAAAUUAUAAUUUGAUGUAGUCGAAAUCAGGUGAUCGAGAAAUUACCAGACAUUUUCAUGUACAUACAUGGAAUAGUUACAUAUAAAAUUAUCCUAUACGCAAAGCAUUUGUUAUGGAGAGUCUGAUAUUCUGAAAUAUUAAUUUAGUGUAGUGAUAUUACAUCGGAUGCCUCACUCAUUAUGAUAUCGUGUUCAUCAAAAAUUGAGUAAUGUGUAUGUGUAGAAGAUUUUGUCAUAAUGACGAAUAAACUUGUAUUUACCUAUAUUUGUAAAUUACAUGCAUUGCGUAAUGCAUAGACUGGAUUUUUUUAGAAAAUUAUAUUGCAAACACAUUUACCUCAA